UCGAGUUCUGCAUGUCUCAAUCACUUGAGCGUGCAGCCGAGGCCGGCCGGCCGGCCGGCGGUGAUGCCGAUGUCCGUAGAACUCGAUUCAAAGUCUCCGCUGAUCUCUCUAUUGCAUCUACUCCACUUCCCAACACGUACGCACUCUAUCCCACUCCUCGCCGGCCGGCCAUGGCGGUGAUGCCGAUGCCCACGCCCCGAUCUCUCAUCCUCCUGCUCCUCCUCGCCACCCCCUUCUUCAUCCUCCUCCCCCACCCCUCCGCCGCCUCUGUCUCCCACCCGGACCUCAUCCUGCCCAAGGUGGUCAACGACAACGAGGCCCACGUGGUCGUCCUCACCGCCGCCAACUUCUCCUCAUUCCUCGCCGCCCGCCGCCACGUCGUGGUUGACUUCUACGCACCCUGGUGCUACUGGUCAUGCAAACUCGCCCCCAAGUAUGCCGCGGCCGCGUCGCACCUGGCGGACAAGGGGCUCGAUGUCGCACUCGCCAAGGUCGACGCCACCCAGGAACGUCAGCUCGCGCGCGCGCACGGCGUCGAGGGAUACCCCACCGUCCUCUUCUUCGUGGACGGCGUGCCCAGGCACUACCCCUACUACGGCGAGAGGACCAAGGACGCCAUGGUCGUUUGGGUAUCCCAGAGGUCGGUCCCUGAGGUGCAGAACGUCAGCACCAUCUACGAAGCCGAGAAGAUCAUCACCGGCCACGGCGUGGCUGUGCUCGCCUUCCUCGACUCCCGCUCGGGUGCUCACGGUGAUGAGCUUGCCGCUGCCUCAAGGCUGGAAGAUAUGAACAGCUUGUACCGGGCUGUCAACUUCUACCAGACUACCAGUCCUGAUGUAGCCAAGCUUUUCCACAUUGACCCGGAAGCAAAGCGCCCAUCACUAGUCCUGCUCAACAAACAGGAGGAGAAGUUGACCCUAUAUGAUGGCGAGUUCAGAGCGUCUCUGAUUGCCAAGUUUGUUUCGGACAACAAAAUCCCAUUGAUCACAUACCACCAUCACACAGGAAGCCGCCUCUCCGAUAUUUGAUAAUCCGAUCAAGAAGGAAGCAAGUUCGAUCCUGUUGUAUGCCAUGGGGCAUUUUUUAUAUUUAUAUGUAUCGAUGGAAUUGAUGAAUUGAGUUGAACGAAAUGGAAAUGCUUGUUUAUA